GUUGGCUGACAAGCAGCUGAUAAUAGUGUGCAGGUUAUGUAAAAAAUAAAUACAAUUUUUACGAUCAAUUAAACAAGGCAAAGAAUUAUCUAAAAUUACGCCGAUAUCCAGCUAUGGUGUUCCUAAACUUGGCCCUGAUGGUCCGGGCCCGCGGUCCGGAUGAGUUCUGGCGUAAGCGGCGCAUCUUCAAACUGGCAGCGCAUUACCGUAGCCGCACCCGCAAUGUGUACUCCUUUGCCAUUAGGAGUGUCCACAGGGCAUUGGCCUACGCCACCAAGGGACGCAAGCUGAAGAAGUUAGACAUGGCUCAGCUAUGGACGACGCGCGUUGAGGCAGGAUGUCAGCAAUACGGCGUGGGUCUGGAGACCUUCAAGGAGGGUCUGGCACGCUCCGAUAUCCUGCUCAACAAGAAAAUGCUUUCCGAUUUGGCCAUUUGGGAGCCGCGUUCGUUUGAGACACUGGUUAACAUCUCCCGUGAACGAGCGGCGGUCGAAGGACUGCCGGAUAUCAAGCGCAGGUCUGCCUUCAACCAAGUCUAUGGCCUGAGAAACCUAAAGCUGGAUUAGCUUAGCCUUAGCUUAAGUAGGAGUUCAAAUAUAGAUUUUUUAACGAUUA